AUUUUCGCCACCGAAUCAGUUCAUCUUCUCGAUAGUUGUUGGUACUCUUCUCGAUGUCCUAGGGUUUACGGAAUCGUGGCGGAUUUCGAUCGGUUAAAUGAUGACAAAAUCAAGCGAUUACUUAAUUGUUAGAGCUUAAUUUUGAUCGCAAGCUGGAGGAUAUCAUGUUUGAUUGACGAGAAAUUUUUAGCGAUCUUACCGGAUUAUCUUGAUGACAUGCCGCCCGGUGAAGAGGCUAACAGCGGUGGCGCUGGGGAUGCAGGGUGAAUGUCGUUUGACGCGCUCCGGUGGGAGCUUGUGAAGGAGAGCAUUCUCCAGGAGAUCAUCCUGUCCGAACUGGCCGAGCGGCGGGAGUUGGAGCCCGUGGUUCGGCGCGAGCUUGGAAAGGAGCAAGCCGGUCCCCUGCCCCUGGGUAUCCGUCCAGGGCUCGAGCUGACCGCGUUACCCCACCAUGACACAUCCCCUGCGCGGCAAGGGGCUCAGCUCUGCCCCCGCUUGCCAGUGUUGCUGGAACCUUGCUUGAAAGAGGGUGUGAUGACGCCCGGAGGUCUGCUGGUGCCAAGACACUCUGCUAAAGAUUGCAUUGAUGAAUGGUAUCAGCCUCCAUGGCAUAAAUGGUCAGCAGAUGAGGAUGCGUUCAUUGACUGGGCUAGGCUACCUAAGAAGACAUUCUCUGGGUUUAAGAGGAAAAGGACUGCUGAAACUUCAACAUCAAACAAGAAAAGAUCAUCUGGGAAAUGGAUUUGUGCUCUCUGCCACGUGAAUACAUUCAGUGAAGUCUCGUUCAAGGAGCAUUGUGCUGGCGUCCGGCACCAGUCAAAUGUAGCAGAGUUGGAAUGGGCUAACGAAGCUGCUGAACCAAAGAGGAUGGCAACAGAGCUAACCAUGGCAUGCAGCACAAUCCAAUUGCUUGGGAUUGCAGCAUUUGCCAAGUUAAGUGUUCAGGUGAAUUGGACCUAAAGAAUCACCUGAAAGGCAGGAGGCACCAAGAGAACUCAGUAGUUCUACGGAGAGAAAGCAAGGAAGCUGAGGUGUAUGAUAAGAAAGAGCUACAGCUUGUUGACAUGGACCAAAGACCCGCCUCAAGAUGGAAUUGUAGCGUCUGCAAGGCUAACUGUACAUCUGAGUCUGACUUGGAGAGCCACCUCCGAGGCAGAAGGCACCAACAGACAGUAGAAGCCCAAUUCAUAGAAGGCAACAGCACCACAGUUGCCUCUCAUCUUGGUGGGAAGAAAUAGCAGGCAGUGCUCAGUGCAUAUUGUUGAGAUGCAGUGGCGGACAUAUUUGCUAACGAUAAUGUUGCAAUUUGAGGCAAGUGUAAAGAACUGAAGGAUGGGAGUGCAUUUCUUUUAUCCAGCCUUGCUGAUCUCCUGGCAUUUGGGAUCAAAUUGCAAGAAUUUGACUCUUUUGUGGCCUACUAGUAUUGGUAUGAUCUGUUGAUUGUUCUAACUUGUAGACUUGGUGUUGCCAUAGUACUUCACUGGAAAGCAGCUUAUAUGGCCAUCGGCCUCCCCUUUUGCAAAGUAGGCAUUGCCUUGGGGAAAUCCGAUGCCUGUUUACCCACUUCUUUCACAGCUUCAGCUCCAUUUGUGGAGUGCAUAUUUACCCCCUCCUCUUUUAUGUAUUUUCUGUUGCAUCCUUUUGGCAAUUUUUGAUGUCAUGUACUCCUGUUAGUCGCUAAUUAAAAUUGUUAUCCAUGUCACGAAAAUAGUAUAAUAUUGAAAGAUCUCGAAGUGUAUAAUUCUGCA